AUGCCGAAAGCCCAGAAGGGGGCACUUCUCCAAUGUGAUCCUCCUCAGAUGGCCAUGGUGCGGAAGAUCGACCGCGAGUCCAACCAUGCCUACAUCCUGGAGGAAAUCGACGAUAGAACCUGCUUGGUCAAAGAGAACAAGGUGGAGGAGAUCAAGGCCAAGGUCAAGGAGUUGAUGGAUGCGGCCAUGGGGAUGGAUGAAGACGACAACGACGACAAGGACAGCGACCUCGACUGA